AUCAGGGAGAAAGGAUGGAAUAAAGAUUGCAGACGUUCUUCUUCAUUAUUUAGCUUACGUCCGACUUGAACGAUAUCGAGUCCACUUCGUCUUCCGUUCUACAUCAAGCUGCAAUGCCUAGCAUUGCUCUAUAUUUUGCUACUCUUGUUUUUUUGUCAUUUACAAUUGCCUGUGAGAUUAAUCAUGGAUGUGUUCAUGCAUUGAAGGAUGAAGAAAACAACAAAUCAUCUGUCAAGACUGUCAAGAGUGAAGAUGGCAGCGUAAUUGAUUGCGUUGAUAUAUACAAGCAACCUGCUUUUGAUCAUCCUUUGCUUAGGAACCACACAAUACAGAUGAGACCCACAGCAUAUCCAGAUGGGAUAAAUAUGAAUACGCCUGCAAUCAAUAUAACAAAAGUUAUAUGCCCAGAAGGAACAAUCCCCAUUCUAAGAACUCAACCAUUUGAAACAAAACUCGGUCGAAAGUCUCUCAACUUCGAACAUCCUCAAGUUUCUGGGCAUGAGCAUGCAGUAGUUUAUCUGACAGGAAAGUACCUUGGAGCACAUGCUAGCAUAAAUGUAUGGCAACCAAAUGUGAGGACUCCUGCUCCUGCUCCUGAAUUCAGCCUGUCUCAAAUCUGGGUUAUUUCUGAUAACUCACAAAAUAGGGCCACUGCUGAAGCUGGGUGGAUGGUUUUUCCAGCUUUUUUUAAAGAUAGCCAGACACGGUUCUUCUUGUAUUGGACCGAUGAUAACUACCAGCAAACUGGUUGCUACAAUCUGAACUGCCCUGGUUUUGUUCAAACAAACAAACACUUCGCUCUUGGUUCCGUCAUAAAACCAGUCUCAACGUACAAAGAAAAGCAUUUGAUAUAUCUAUUACCAUAUACAAGGUAA